AUGGACUUCCCAGAUUUGUCUGCAAUGGCAAUGGAAUUUUGGCUGCUGCUCUUGAUGUUCCAGAUACAAGUGUCACCAGUUCAAGGCAAGGCAGAAACUGUUAUGUGCGUCAAGAAGACCAAUCCUCUGCAGGUGACAUAUGAGUAUUAUCAGUUUGGGGACCAAAUCAUUGGAGCAAUAGGAUCACUGUUUGUCGAUGCAUUUGGAAAAUUAUCUUUCAGGAACUAUCCCAAAACAAAAUAUGAAGGAGAACUUAUUGCUAUGCCAAAGGCCUACCAGCAUGUACUUGCCCUGAUAUUUGCUGUGAAGGAGAUCAAUGGGAACCCCAAAAUCCUCCCAAAUGUCAGUCUUGGGUUCCAUAUAUAUGACAGUUACUUCAAUGCAAGGAUGACUCUUCAGAAUACUCUAAGACUUCUAACCUGCGUGAAUAGGAUUGUCCCCAACUUCAACUGUGACAAGUCCAAGAAUCUGAUAGCUGUCAUUGGUGGCGUUAAUGCUGAAAUAUCUCUUCAGAGGGCUAAUAUCAUAGAUCUUUACAAGGUAACACAGAUUGCUUAUUGUGCGUCUACUCCAGAGAUGAAUGCUAAAAUCCCUUCCUUCUACCGGGUGGCCCCCAGUGAAGAACUGCAGUAUACUGGGAUAGUCCAGCUCCUUUUGCAUUUCCAAUGGACAUGGGUUGGGAUUUUGGCAGGAGACUAUGAUCUAGGGGAUAAGUUUCUGCGGACCUUAAUACCUAUGCUUUCACAGUAUGGCAUCUGUAUAGGCCUUAUGGCCAAAAUUCCAGUAGUAAAUUAUGCUAUAAACUUGAUGGAAUUUUUUAUGAACUUGAAAUCACUGUACUAUUCACUUACAGACUCUACAUUCAAAGCCUUGAUUGUAAAUUCAGACCAUAAGACAGUUGAAAAUUUUAAAUUGUGGCUCUAUUCGAAUUCAAUUUCAGAAGAUCUUCCGGAAACAUCCAUAGGCAAGGUCUGGAUUAUGACAGCCCACUGGGAAUUCUCUUCACUGCCUCUUUUUGCAGGUUUUGACAUUAAUGUCUUCCAUGGGGCCUUAUCUUUCACUAUUCAAUCAAAGGAAAUAUUGGCGUUCCCAAAAUUCCUUCAGUCCUUACGGCCCAAUUUCCCAAGAGGAAAUGGUUUUAUCAAAACCUUCUGGGAACAGGCAUUCAACUGCUUGUUUGAUGAUUCUGUUGAGAAAGUGGAGAGCAGUGACAUUUGUACAGGGGAAGAGAAGCUGGAAACCCUACCUGGAAUUGUCUUUGAAAUAAGCAUGACCGGCCAAAGCUACAGUGUCUACAAUUCUGUGUAUGCCAUAGCACAUGCUUUACAUAAGUUUUAUACAUCUAGAACAAAAGUGAGAGAAAAGGUGGACAGAGGUAGAGUAAAUCCUCCAAAUCUGCAACCUUGGCAGGUGAUGCCACGUGCUGUUUGUAAUGACAACUGCCACCCAGGCUACAACAAGCAGAAGAAGGAGGGAGAGCAAUUUUGCUGCUACAAUUGUGUUCCAUGUCCAGCUGGGAAGAUUUCCAACCAGAAGGACAUGGAUGACUGUUUUGAAUGUCCAGAAGAUCAGUAUGCCAGUAGGAACCAAGAUCAAUGCUUUCCCAAAACUCUCAACUUCCUGUCAUUCUCAGAACCUUUAGGGAUCACUUUUGUGUUCUUGGCACUAUCCUGUUCUCUGGGGACAUCUUUGGUACUGGGGAUUUUCGUUAAGAACCAUGACACUCCCAUUGUCAAAGCCAACAAUCGGGCCCUUAGUUAUUCUCUCCUUGUUGCCCUUCUGCUCUGCUUUCUCUGCUCCCUGCUAUUCAUUGGCAGGCCUCAGCCAGUGACCUGCUGCUUACGACAAACGGCUUUCGCCAUCAUUUUCUCAAUGGCUAUUUCUUGUGUGUUGGCAAAAACCAUGACUGUGGUUCUGGCAUUCAUGGCCACCAAACCAGGGAGCCAGCUGAGGAAAUGGACAGGGAGAAGACUCACAAACUCUGUUCUUUGUUGCUCCUUCAUUCAGGCCAUGAUCUGUUUUUUAUGGCUGUGUACUAGUCCCCCAUUCCCAGAUUUGGACACUCAUUCUCUCUCCAAAGAAAUCAUAGUACAAUGCAAUGAAGGGUCCGUAGUGAUGUUUUACUGUGCUUUGGGAUACCUGGGGUGUCUGGCUAUGGUCAGCUUCACUGUGGCUUUCCUAGCCAGGAAACUGCCAAGUUCUUUCAAUGAAGCCAAGUUUAUCACUUUCAGCAUGGUGGUCUUUUGCAGUGUUUGGUUUUCCUUCAUUCCAGCUUAUCUGAGCACAAAGGGGAAAUAUAUGGUGGCCAUGGAAAUCUUCUCCAUCUUGGCCUCCGGUGCUGGGUUAACUGCUUUUAUCUUUUUCCCCAAAUGCUAUAUCAUUGUCUUGAAGCCUGAUUUGAACCGCAAGGAGCAACUAAUGAGAAGAAAUAAGUAG